UAGUAGCCAUUAGGCAACUACAAUCCAAACAAUACCAAAACCCUAAACCCUAAACCCUCACACUUCCCUCAGCUCCUUCAAUGGCGGACCAAUUGAUUGCCAAGAUGAAUCAGCAGGACCAGUCACAGUUAGGAGGCGGCGGCAUAGCCAAACUCUUCCCUGUAACACGAAAACUGAAACCCACUUCCUCAAAAUCCUCAAUUUCUCCAGAAUCAAAGUACUGGAAAUCAUUCAAGCCACAACCCAUCCAAACCCUAAUCUCCUCCAUCACCUCUCUCUCCUUCUCCCCGACAGCUCCUCAUGAUUUCGCCGCCACCCACUCCGCCACCGUCACCAUCUUCUCCGCCCAAACCCUCGAGCCCAAAUCCACCAUCUCCGCCUUCUCCGAUACCGCCACCUCCGCCUCCUUCCGCUCCGACGGCCGCCUCCUUGCCGCCGGAUCCCUCUCCGGCCUUGUCCAGGUCUUCGACAUCAAGACCCGCUCCCCUCUUCGUCAACUCCGCGGUCACUCGCGCCCCGUCCACCUCGUCCGAUACCCCCGCCUCGAUAAGCUCCACCUCCUCUCCGGCGGCGAUGACUCCAUCGUCAAGUACUGGGACGUCGCGUCCCAAACCCGGAUCGGUGAACUUCUAGGGCACAAAGAUUACGUUCGCUGCGGCGACAGCUCCCCCGCUAGCGAUGACAUGUUCGUUACGGGAUCCUAUGAUCACACAGUUAGGGUUUGGGAUGUUAGGGUUUCGGGUUUGAGCUCAGUGAUGGAGCUCAAUCAUGGGAAGCCGGUCGAAGACGCAAUCUUUUUGCCUUCCGGAGGGCUAAUUGCAACCGCGGGUGGGAAUUGUGUGAAAAUUUGGGAUGUGAUCGCAGGAGGGAAGUUACUGUAUUCAAUGGAGAGUCAUAACAAGACUGUGACUUCGAUUUGUGUGGGGAAGAUUGGGAAGGAUAGUGGUGAAUCAGCUCAGGAGUAUAGGAUUUUGAGCGUCUCAUUGGAUGGAUAUAUGAAGGUUUUUGACUAUGCAAAGUUUAAGGUUACUCAUACAAUGAGGUUUCCGGCGCCUCUUUUAUCGGUUGGGUUCUCACCGGAUUGUUUGACUAGGGUAAUCGGUACUUCGAAUGGCACCAUAUUUGCAGGGAAGAGGAAAGUGAAGGAAGAUGUGGGUUCUGAGUUGGGGGACUAUGUGGGGUUGGGUUCUGUGGAGGAGCCUCACAAGAGGGUUUUAAGGCCUUCGUACUUUCGGUACUUCCAUAGGGGUCAAAAUGAGAAGCCUUCUAAAGGUGAUUACUUGAUUAUGAGGCCGAAAAAGGUGAAAUUAGCUGAGCAUGAUAAGUUGUUGAAGAAGUUCAGGCACAAGGAAGCUCUUGUGUCUGCCUUAAGAGGAAAGAAUCCGGAGAAUGUUGUGGCUGUAAUGGAGGAGUUGGUGGCAAGGAAGAAGUUGAUGAGGUGUGUUUCGAAUUUGGACACAGAGGAGCUUGGGUUGUUAUUGGAGUUUCUGCAAAGGUACACAACAAUGCCUAGGUAUGCCCGGUUGUUGAUGGGGUUGGCCAAGAAGGUUCUUGAAAUGAGGGCUGAAGAUGUUAGAGCUUCUGAUGUUCUGAAAGGCCAUAUUAGAAAUCUAAAGCGAUCCGUGGAGGAGGAGCUAAGAAUUCAACAGUCCUUGCAAGAGAUACAGGGUAUAAUAUCUCCCUUGCUGAGAAUUGCUGGAAGGAGAUGAAAUGUAAGAGAUUCUCUGUUAUGUACUGGGUAGUGUUUUUUCCUUGUUUGUUUGCUUGGAUUUACUUCCAAGAUGAGAGAGGUUUAUCAUGAUCUAAUAGUUGUUCCUCUUUUUGUUUCUUUUAUGAAGGAAAUUGUGCUAUCAAAUUAAGAAAUGCCCAAGAUGCUAUUUUUGUUGUCAACCAAAUGUUCUCUCUUUUGUUGCGGUGUAAUGUUUUCGAUUUAUGCAAACAUUCUACUUAUACUAUGGCUGUUCUUUUAUUAUCUA